AGCUUUAUUGCUUUAAUUUAAAGACCGAAAAUUUACUGUUCUGACCACUAAUAAUUCUUCUUAGUUUUAUACUACUAAUAUUUUUGGGGUAGGACUUUGGAUACGGUUUGUGAAAUAUUAUUCUAUAACUUUGUUAAUGAAGGUAUAAAUAAAAGAUUAGUUAAAAAAAAGAAGUUAAAUUAAACGCAAUGAUUACUUACUGUAAAGUGGAAACAGUUUGCUUUAUAACUCGGUUUAGAUUCUUCAUCACCGACCGGUUUACUCAGUAAGUUGACAAGUGAGAUUAGUCAAUAUUUGAUGAAUGAUUGAGCUGGGGUGUUCUGUGAAAUUAACAGAACAUGGAGAAUAAUUGGACUGCCAGGCUGCCACCAAGUGGAAAUGUUCAUGUAAAAGCAAGAAGACAGAAACUUUAUUUAAUUCUUUGGUCUUUUUUUGUUUGUUUGUCAACUAUAUUUCAUGAAAAUUGAAUCAAUGCGCAAAGUUAACCAUGUAUUUUCAAAUCUGAUUGUAUAUUUUCCUGAAAACCAUGUUCGUUACAGAAAUUAACCGGAUAAACACGAACAAUACGUAGUAUUUAACUAAAUAAUAGUAAACGUAUGUGAUAAUCCUAAAUAUGCUUCGGACCAUAAUAUUCUGUUCAACAAAAGAGUUUGCCUCCAAUUAUCUCAUCUCUUGAUAUAGCCCUAGACAAAGCACGUGAAACAAGCACGUUACGAAAAAAAGAAAUCGGAUAAAUAAUACACCUCGAUUUACUACUUUAUUAGGCUGUCAAAGAUUAGUAUAUUGGACUGUCUCUCCCACUAUCCGGUUUAUAUUCUUUACAUUUUACAUAAAAAACUAUUUUUUUGUAUGGAUUUGAAUGUUUUAGAUCUAAGAUAGGCAGAUAAUGAUAUAAACAAAUGCAACUCUACCUUCUUACUCUAUGUAUAUGCCAUAACAGACCAUUAAGAUCAUAAAACAACAUUAUACUAUUGUAAUAAGUUAUGUAGAGAGAGUUUUUUUUUUAACAAAUAUGUAUGGUCUCGUCACCAUAGUGAGUAUAUAAGUCUAUAAUAUUUUAUACUUUACUUGUGUGAGAAUUAAUUUAUUUGAAUGACCAUAUACGUACGAAAUUCCUUCAUAUUUUUUAUAAUCCGUGUAUGAAUUUACCUAUUUGCUACAAAUGGUUUCUCCUAUGUUUCAUCUUGUAUAUGAUGCAUGUCGUCGGUCCUAAUAGAGAAGUCAAAGCUUAGGAACACAAAAUCAUAAUAUGUAUGUUGGGAUAUCAAACACAACGACAGUUUGGCCGAGUGGUCUAAGGCGCCAGAUUUAGGCUCUGGUCCGAAAGGGCGUGGGUUCAAAUCCCACAGCUGUCAAUUUAUUUAUUGAUCUUUUGCAAUGUGAACCCUCUAUCUUGUCGAGAAGGUUUCUAUUUUCUUGCACCAAUAAAAUCGCUUAAUUUUGAACAGAAUAGUGAAUGUUUGUUCACGGAAAAAGCGAACACAUAUGAAGCCAUGACUAUCUUUUGAAUCUUGACCAUCCCCUUAUGUUCAAGAUCCUUUCCUUGUCUACCAAGCAACCAUUUCUUCCUCAAUCUCUGAUCAAAUAUUUUCACGUACAGAUCAAAAAGAUGAAGAGUCAGAGCAGAAACUUAGCCACCCUGAGUUUGAUGAUAAUUACCGUUUUGUCAUGGACGAGGAUUGUGGCUGGACAAGAAGCACUAUUAGGAAAAAAAGUAUUGCCGUUGUGCCACAGAGAAUGUAUGCCAAUAUGCAUGAAAGUGACCGAGGCAACGCAAGAGAUUUGUGAUGGUGCAUGUCAAGCGGGUUGUGUUCAGCUUCAAGGUAGAGGCACUGGACUUUCAGCCACCGAUCAAGGAGUCGAUAUGGUCAUUGCAUAGAAAAAUAUUUAGCAUCUUUAUAACUGGAAAUUUAAUUUUGAUAUGUUUAUGAAAUUAAAAUUCAUUUAUUAGUUUAUAUAUACAGAAAGUAAAUAUUUGUUUUAAUAGUUUUAUUUUGUCAUUUUAGUUAGAACUGUGAUUUCAAAUAUAAUAUUCUUAUAUCAAAUUGCUUAUUUCAGAUAUAUAUAGUUGUAAAAUAAUAUUUUAAACCAUAAUUAAAAUUUGUUCUAAAUAAAAUAAACUCAAAAUAAUUUGUUGAUUACAUUCAGAUUGAUUCUAUAUUCGAGAUUAAAAAUGUUUAUAUAAAAUUAUAUUAUAUAAUUUAGUAUAUGUUGUUUUAAAAUAAAAUUAAAGAAACAAAAAUAUAAAUGGCCACGGUUCAUAAUUGUCUAACCAAUUAAACAGAUACUUUUUUUUUGAAAAUUUAUCGAUCAGUACAAAGUUAUAAACUUAAUUAAGCUAUAACAACAACAUUAUGGUUAUAGUUAGGGCUAGGGAAAUGAAUCAAAAGCUGUGCCCUCCGUCUUGGGCCUGUCCACUCAAAACUUAACUCGAGACUUUUCGGGUGAGGCAAAAAUUUUCCUUUUUUUUUUCUUUUAACAGGAUCUUUCCUUUCUAUAUUUUUUUUUCUACCUGACUACAUCAGUUCUACAUGGUUUCGAAACCAAAGUUUAGUGCUCUAAAUAAAUCUCACCUUAAACUUUUUUUUGGUAAACAACUCACCUUUGGACACUCAAAGCAUAUGUUAGUGAAUGGGUAUCGUUAGGAUAGCGUAAGAUCCAUCUAUGUGUUUCUAGAUGAUACUAGUUGACUCUAUUGUAUUGUGAUUUAAUGUUUCUAAAGGUUAACAAUCAUGUAUUUUCCACUUGGUUAACGGAAAUUGUAAUUGAGCCAAAAAAAAAAUAUAUGUUAGUGAAUACGCGAAUUGAUGAGCAAAUAAAAAGGAUACAGAAAUUUUUAGGGAAAUUAGUUCAAAUGACACCAAAAAAUAAUAAUUCACUAAAUAACCAAAACUCCACCCUCUCUUUUCUUUUCUCUUUCUAUCUCUCUAACUUUUUAAUACAAAUCUAAGUUCCCCAUUUUUAUGGUUAUUCCACAGAUAAGCCCAAAUUUUUACUCACAACCAUACGCGAAUUGAGUGUAACUCGAGUACGUCACGUCAGAAGCUUUUCCUAAAUUCACUAUUCACUUACACUCAAGCUUCUAUUUAUCAUUUUUUUUUUCUUUUGGACAAAAUUUGGAUAAAUCUUUGACGACAUGGCUUUCUUUUAUAUUCUAUGUGAUAUAUAAAUAUAUGAAUUUACUUUUUUUUUGCAACUAAUAUAUGGAUUUACUUUAUGCUUUCAGCCUUUCACAAACUACCUUUUGCUGCCAUUCUUUGAGAUAAAAAUUAUUUUAGUUUAUAUUAAGAAAAACAGAUAAUGUUUCUUUUUAGUUUCGAUUUACAUGGUAGGGAAUACGUGUAUAUAUAAUAUAUAUGUCAUGUCAGCAUCUUGCGACACUGUUUAAACGUGGGAAGAAAAGUCUAAACUCUUAUCUUUAAGGCACGGUGCCUCAGGCCCUUGUGCAUUUACAACCUCUUAUUAAUAUUGUUUUCUAAUCCGACAGGAGAAAGUGCUUGUCGUUGUCAUUUACUACGUUUUUAACAUUAAAACGCACAAUGAUUGAAAAGAACAUAAAUUAUUUGUUCAAGCAUUUGUUAUUUGCAUAUAUCCCGUUAAAAGUUUAAUUUUGCUAAUGUUUGAGUUAUGUUUCUUUAAAAACAAGAGGAGAGUUUCAUUCUCUACGUGUUAAGAGUCUUAACCUAACAACCUAUAAUGGAAUUCUUAAAUUUUUUGUUUUUCCAGAUUAAAAAAAAAUUAAAAAAUAGACCAAUGCGGACCGCCACCCUAGGACCCACCCACUAUUAUAUUUUUUUGUUAAGCACUUCCCAUAAACACUUAGAUUAAUGGUGCUCUUAACCCCUACACACGGAGUUUCAAACUCUGUUGUGGACCAUGAAAUCUUCUAUUCAGUUGAACAAUAUAGCGAUGACAUUCAAGACGGACUGUUUCCAACUUGUCCAUCUCUUCAGAGAAGACGAAGAAGACAAUUGGCCAUCCUUGUUGAUUGAAUUUGAUGAAUUUCAUCUUAUUCGUUCUAUGUUUAUUUUUUUGCUCUAUAUCUUUUAUUCCUCGUUUCCUAAACUUCUACGCCGAUAGCCUUGCAAAAGGAGUUCAUUCUCGAGGUUUCUCAUUUUUUCAUGUAGACUCUCAGCUUUCAAUCAGGAUGGCUCCUGAGGCCAACCUCUUAGUAGUUACUUAAUAAAAUAU